UGCAUCCCCUCUUUUCUCACCCAUUUCUGCUCUCUUGCCUAACUCCCUCCGCCCUGGUCCACCCUAAUCAAUAAGCAGAAAACUUGAAAUCAACCCUUCUCUCCUUGCAACCAUAUAAAGAUACAUGAUAGCUUACGCUAAAGACCUGCAUGAGCAAAUAUAUUUAAUCAGAGAAAAGAAAAAGAGUGAAAAUGGAGGAUAUGCCACCAGGGUUUCGGUUCUAUCCAACUGAAGAAGAGUUGGUUUCGUUUUAUCUCCAUAACAAGUUAGAAGGAAAGAGAGAGGACCUGAAUCAUCUUAUGAACCGAGUUAUACCAGUUGUCGACAUUUAUAACUUCAAUCCAUGGGAUCUUCCACAAUUCUCAGUUUACCUGUGCCAUAAGGACCCAGAGCAGUGGUUUUUCUUUAUUCCAAGGCAAGAGAGUGAAGCUCGAGGAGGGAGACCAAAGCGGCUAACAACUUCUGGGUACUGGAAAGCUACUGGUUCUCCUGGUUAUGUUUACUCCUUUGACAGUCGCCCUAUCGGCGUAAAGAGAACCAUGGUUUUCUACAAUGGAAGGGCUCCAACCGGGAAAAAAACUGAAUGGAAGAUGAAUGAAUACAAAGCCAUUGAAGGAGAAGCAUCCUCAGCUAAUGGUGCACCUCCCGCUCUAAGACAAGAAUUCAGCUUGUGCCGGGUUUACAAGAAAUCAAAAUGUUUGAGGUCAUUCGAUAGGCGGCCAGCACCAGGAGUAAUAAAGAUAGGGGAGCGAGUCCCUCAGCAUGCUAAUGCUUUCGGGGUAGCAAAAUCUCAUCAGAGCAUUCAAACAGCAGAUGGAAGGACCACAAGCUCACCAGAGAGUUCAUCUUCAGGAGAUAAUCAAGCCAAUCGGCCUACCCAAACUGGGGAAAGCAGUAGCUCAAGAAUGGCAGUCGAUGAUGAAAUUUCCUUCUGGGAUCUUGAAGGGUUCUGGGAUCAAGUUAAUCAGUAAUUGCAGAUGGAGAACUUGAAGAGCUCAAAUCAAGUUUGCAUGGUGCAAUCACAAUCAACAUGAAACUAAAAUAACCCUAUUACACAACAAUAAUAAAUUCUAGCUAUAUAUGUGUUCAAUUUGGUGAAAAUCCGAGCUUUAAUUUGUUUAGUACUAGCUUUUAUCCUUUUUAGUUGUCUUGAUAUAUAGCUAGCUAGCUAUCUAUGUCAUGCAUUCCAAGCUCACAGAAGAGAGAAGGAAUGCACCCUGGAAGUUUCGAGGAUGCAACGAGGUGGAUAAUAGCGAUAUUGCAUGGAAGCUUUGCAUCAUUAAUUACUGUUAACUUUGUACCAGCUAUCUAUAAUACGU